CCUCAUUGGGAACGAAGCGAAGUGCGGUGGAAAGAUCGCAGUGCUUGGCGCUUUUUCUACAGUGCUGCAGCCUAUCCAUAAUGCCGUUUGGGAGAAGGAAAUGCACGAUAGUGGUAACGUUUCUUCUAGUGCUGAUGUUCACACUGAACGUCGUAUUCAUCGUCGACCUGUCAGUAAACCACCAACCAUUGCAAGCUGCAGAUGGUUGGUGGAAUGCGGAAGGAGAGGGAGAGGUGGUGGGGGAGGUGAGGGAGAAGGAGGGAGGGAGACGACACGUUGGGGGAGAGAGAAGUCUCCGGAGGUUCCUCUCUCUGAGGGUGGAGUCCAGUCAGGAGAGGGCAGCCGUGUACUCUGGAGAUGAUAUUGUGUACAGCAGCAGCAGUAAAGACCAGAGGGGCAUGCAUGUGGCAAUUCUCAACCAGGCAACUGGAGCUCUAAUGGCGGCUCGUGUCUUUGACACGUAUAUUCCGGGUGCUGCCGACACUCUAGUGACAUUCAUAAACUCCAUCAGUGACGAGAGAAUCAUGUGUUUUGCAAUCCUCGAUGAAGGGACAUUUUCUCUCAAUGACGAUGCCAGAAGUGCACUGGGGGCAGUGGGAAGUCGAUUGGCGAAGUCUUUAAGCUGGAGAGAUAUGUGGGCCUUGGUGGUGGUGAAGGGAGGGGAAGGGGGCGUGGUCGGAGAAGAUGUGGGGAAAUCCCCUAACCCCACGACGUGGGGCAACGCAGUCAACCUUCGAGUCACUGUCCCUCUCACUGACGAUGCGGUGCGUGUGUGUGACUGAGCCAAGAUUCUCCGAGACGCAAACGUCGGUCGUUCUGUGUCUCGCUACGAGGGUUACAGGGAGUCUGUGUCACUGCUCCAACCACUCCUCUCUCCAUUCGCUCUCCCCUUAUCCCUGGCGUCGAGUUACCAGCAUCCAGUCGCCAUCAUUGCCAGCAAACAGUCACACAGUACCUGGUUCGGAUGGUGCGAGACGCUGGCUGCAAAGGGUACGCCAACGACUUCACUCGCCUGAGAGCAUGCUCUAUCAGUCGAUCGAUUCUAUGUCUUAAGAACCAAAGGAGGUCGUCGCGAGCUUCUUGGCAUUAGAGCAUUCAUGCAUGAACCAAAGAGAGCCUGAAGAACGGAGGAUAUCUCAGACUACAAGUCAAGUCUCACUGACACCUUUGACCACCAUCUAAUGCCCCAGAGUGACAUGAUCAUCAUUGAGUACGGUCAAACCAUUCAACUCAGUCCCUUCUCC